AUCUUCGACAAGUACGACGACGACGGCGGCGGCUCCGUGGACGCGGAGGAGCUCGAGGCCGUCUUCAAGGACAUGGGCAUCGAGGUGCCCGAGCCCGACGAGAUGCAGGACAUGCUCGAGGAGUUCUCCGGCGGCAAGGCCGAGGUCGAGUUCGAGGAGUUCUGCCUCAUCGUCGACGCGCUCGAGCAGGACGACACGGCGAAGAUGAAGCGCAUCUUCGACAAGUACGACGCCGACGGCGGCGGCACCAUGGACGCCGAGGAGCUCGAGCAGAUCUUCGCCGACCUCAAGAUGCCCCUCACGUCGCAGCAGAUCGAGGACGCCGUCGAGGUCCACUCGGAGGGCGAGGGCGAGGUCAACUUCGAGCAGUUCACGGAGAUGGUCAAGGCCCUCAAGGACGUCAAGGUGCGGCGCAUCGCCGUCGACGCCGUGUUGCGCGACUUCCAGCCCGACGACACGAGCCCGUCGACCAAGGUCUUCGCGACGGCGAAGCUCUUCGACACGGGCGAGGAGGUCAACGUCGCGACGCGCGCGCGGCGCAUCUUCGACAAGUACGACGAGGACGGCGGCGGCACCAUCGACUCCGAGGAGCUCGCGGCCAUCUUCGCGGACAUGGGCGUCGACGUCGGCACGGAGGACAUCGAGAACUUGAUCGGCGAGUACGGCGGCCAGGAGGGCGUCGACGAGGACACGGGCAUGAUCACGGAGAUCAACUUCGACGAGUUCGUCAACAUGGUCGCGGCGCUGCCGCCGACCUACGAGGUGCCGUCCAUCGCAAAACGGUGCCGCGACUACGCGGACGAGGUCGCGGAGCAGCUCGGCGACAUGCGCGACGACGACGACCGGUUCCUGCCGCCCGCGCCGGACUGUUUGCUGGUGGACGUCUUCGUGGACAGCGCCAAGAGCCAGCAGCAGCGCGACCGCGAGCUCGCGCGCGCCGGCGUGCCCGUGAGCGGCACGCCGUCGACGAAGCCCUACGUCGUGUCGGUGACGCCAUUAUUGCUCGACGCGCGGCUCCGGAAGUCCACGUUCCCGGCGCCGGACCUCGGGCUCUUCGCCAUCACGGAGACGGAGGCGCUGAAGGGCAUCCGCGUCAAGCCGCCGACGCCCCGGGACAAGCGCGGCAACGUCAUCGAGAAGAAGAAGAAGAAGGCGCCCAAAAUGGUGAUCAACCCGGAGACGGGCGAGGAGGAGGAGGAGGACGACGACGACCCGAGCGAGUACGGCUGGAAGGAGGCCGACGCCGCGGGCGUGAAGGUCUUCCGGCACAAGAUCGACAGGGGCCGCGUCUUCGAGUUCCGAUGCCGCGACGCGCCGCGGAGCGUCCGCGCGCUCCAGGACGCGCUCGAGCCGCGCGACGACGGCGGCGGCCACUUUAUCUAGCACCCCU